GUAGGAGCUAGGAAAUAAUGUCCGACUUUGAUUCAGCAGCUACGACUCCUUUCGACAUGGCAGAAAGACGUCAACCAAAGCGCCGACGUUACGAUAGCGAUGUUUCUACACCAGGUUAUAGUUCACCAGAUGAGCUUUCAAACGAUAAACCAAUUCGUCCUUCUACUAGUACGCGUCGCGAUUCGACACGCCGGCAAUCAAGAACAUAUUCCAGUGAUGGCAGCGCUGAUGAACUAGACCAUACACAUCCUCGUCAUCGAAGCCCGCGGAGCCCUCGAAGUCGUCGAAAUUCUCAUCAUUCAAGAAGCAGAUCGACUUCUGAAGACUCACCUCGCUCGACGCAUUCCUCUCCCUCUCCCCCAGCUCAUAAACCUCUAAAGCUCAACUACAAAUGCAAAUUUAUAUUGAGAGGCCAUCGAAAAGGAGUUGCGCAGGUAAGAUAUUCGCCCAACGGACGAUGGGUUGCAAGUUGUUCUGCAGAUGGCACAAUUAAAAUUUGGGAUGCGCAAACUGGAAAGCACUUGCGAACUAUGGAGGGACAUCUUGCAGGUGUAUCGACGAUAGCUUGGAGUCCAGAUUCAAAUACUAUAGCUUCUGGUUCGGAUGAUAAAGUUAUAAGGCUCUGGGAUCGGGCGACUGGUAAACCAUAUCUUACACCAUUACUUGGUCACCAUAAUUACGUCUAUUCGGUGGCUUUCUCUCCAAAAGGCAAUGUGAUAGCUAGUGGAAGCUAUGAUGAAGCUGUUUUCCUGUGGGAUUUACGUGCGAGAAGGCAGAUGAGAAGUUUACCGGCGCAUUCGGAUCCUGUUGGUGCGGUGGAUUUUAUACGAGAUGGGACUUUAGUAUGCAGUUGCUCUACUGAUGGACUCAUGUAAGUUUAUAUGUUUGUCAUUGAACGCUACGUAUUGGAAAUACUUAUUCUUUUACUAGUCGUGUAUGGGAUACCGCGACCGGCCAGUGUCUUCGAACUCUCGUGCACGAAGAUAAUGCGCCUGUAACGACAGUUCGAUUUUCUCCCAACGGCCGAUUUAUUCUCGCACAUACACUUGAUUCAUGCAUAAGGCUGUGGGAUUAUGUUGCGGGAACUUGCAAGAAGACAUAUCAGGGGCAUGUGAAUAAUAAAUACUCAUUGGGUGGUAGUUUUGGUUUUAGUGGUAAUCAGGGAUUUAUUAAUUCUGGUAGUGAAGAUGGCGACAUUUUAUUUUGGGAUGUGAGUACGAAGGAGUUAAUACAGAAGGUUCACGGGCAUGAGGGUGUAGUUUGUUGGGUUGAUACUGCUCCUGGGCCAAAUGGAGCAGUGGUUAGUGGAGGCCUGGAUGGUACGGUACGAAUAUGGGUUGAUGUAGGGGAUGAAGGUGGAGCUGCGCAACUAGAUGACUUACAUCUUGAAUCAGGGGCCAGGCGUGAUGUGAAGCAUGAAAGUCGCGAAGACGAAGAUAUGAAUGGCUACAGAGAUGAAGAUCGAGAUGAGGAAAGAAGUCGAAGGAGAUAUAGUAAUGAUACCCCAAGAGAUGAUAUGAGUAUUGACAGGGAGCGAUCUCGCGAUAGGGAGAGGGAUAGAAGCGAGUUACGCAGUCCUGAGAAAAUGAAUGAAGAUUAAGGAUAUAUGGUAGAUAAAAUUACAAGUUUUAGUACGCAAUCCUUUUCCUACAAAUCGUAUAUGUUGUGUUGUGUUUAACUAUAAGAUCAC